AAGUAGAAGGAAUAGAGAGAAAAAAAAGGAUAAAGAAAGGGACAGGGAAAAGAAAACGAGAGGGAAUGAAAGAGAAAGGAAAUGUUACGAGAGGGGAGAGAAUAAAGAUUAUUAGGAGGAAAGGAAACUGGAAAGGUUUAGGAAGACGCAAAUACAGCGAAUAAAUAAAUAAAUAUACGUUGGAAAAAAGGGGUUAAAAUAAAUCCCUUUCAUAAAGGGUUUGUUUUAAUCAUGUGAGAUAAUCACGUGAUAACUCUAAUGAAUCCCAACUUACACAUCCCCCCACCACUGUCUACCCCGUAACAAGGGGGGGGGGAAACGGUGUCUUUCUAAUUUCUGUUCCUUCCGUUAUGUUCUUUCCCACCGUCUGUCGAGUUUGGUUUCCUCCGCGAUACGUCUUAUCUUCUAACGCUCUCAAUUUCUUAACUCUUCCCAGUUUCUCUAAUAUUUUCGAUUUCCAACUAAAUAACUGUCGGUACCUCAGUACCCUUUUCUCUGUCGGCCCUUUUACGAUCACUUUUUGUCUUUCUCCAUUAAUUAGUAUUCAAAAUAACAUUUAAUUUCCAAAUACUAUUUGUCAUGCCAGCCCCUCACACCAGUCACUUUCUGUUGCUAUAUGCCUCCCAGACAGGUCAGGCAGAGUCCAUUUCCGAGUUAAUCUACGACAAUGCCGUGGCCAGUGGUCUCUCUGUAGAACGCCAUUGCCUCAGUAGCACCGAUGACAAAUUCAAGAUCGAGGAUGAAAGCAGUGUGGUUUUUGUCGUGUCCACCACAGGCGAUGGAGAUGUCCCUGACACAGCCGGGAGAUUUCUGCGCAAACUGAAAAAAAAGUCCAAACAAGAAGAAUACUUGAGACAUCUGUCAUACACAGUUCUUGGUCUGGGAGACACCAAUUACAAUGCAUUCUGCAAUGGUGGCAAAACUAUCAACAGAAAACUUGAGGAGUUAGGGGCUCACCUGUUUUAUGAAUGUGGUUGGGCUGAUGAUGCUGUUGGGUUAGAACUUGUAGUAGAGCCUUGGAUAGAAGGCUUGUGGAAACCUCUGAAAGCUGAGUUAGAAUCCUGUACCACAUCGAAGAAGAUGGAGCAAUCCACUGAGAUCAACAGCCCUCCCAGCGAAACUCCACCCACUGAGAAUGAAGCUCAGAAACUCACAGAAACAGACAAGAUGACGUUACCCACCGAUUCCCUGAAAGAGCAGAUCCUGCGUAACCCCCUUCUCAACAACUUGAUGCAGGACAUACCACUGGGAGUGAAAAUAGUAGAGAAGACACCUCAUUCUAACUACAUCAUGGAUUUAGCCGACAGACCUGUGGAUGUAUCUAAUGUUGAACUGGUCGUUCAAACUGACUUGACAGAGGAGAAACACCAGGCCAAAGAAUCUGCUUCGCUUACCUGUUGUGCCCCACAUUUAAAAGACUCUGAUCUGAGCAUUCCUCUUCUCUCACCUCCUUAUCUUGUUUUAACACUUCUGCCGGAUGAGAAACUGGAUCUGUACAAUUCAGCAGUGCAAAAUGGAGCCAGUUUUCCUAGUAUGGCAUCUUCUGUCCAGACUGCCACUGUCCUGAAGUGUUCCUGCCUUACACAUCCUGGUGCUGUAAAGACCACACUAGAUCUUGAACUUUUCUUUGAGGAUGCUGAGACGGUUGCUUACCAGCCAGGAGAUUCAAUUUCAGUGAUCUGUCCGAACAAUGAAAGAGAGGUCAACCAUUUAAUCCAAAGGCUCGACUUGGAGAAUGCAGGAGACGCCUUCUUCAGUUUGUCUGUCUCUCCAAAUACAACAAAGAAGAAAGCUUCCUGUCCCAAUUACCUUCCUCCAAAGUGCACCAUCAGAUAUGCCCUCACUCAUUGCCUAGACAUCAGGGAGCCUCCUAAGAAGGCUUUGUUGCGGAUGCUCGUUGAUUAUGCAAGUGAUGAGCAGGAGAAACAACGACUGCAGGAACUGUGCAGCAAGGAAGGAAUGAGCGAAUACACCACUUACAUCCGAGAACCAGGUCUCUCUCUACUGGACAUCUUACUCAACUUCCCAUCUGUUAUGCCACCAUUUGAACGAAUUUUAGAACUUCUUCCCAGAUUGCAGCCAAGGCCUUAUUCUGUUGCAAGUUCCCAGGAAACCGAUAAGAACAAACUACACGUAGUCUUCAAUGUCGUUCAGAUUCCCGCUGGGCGGGGUCGACGCUACCACCGCCAGGGUAUCUGCACUGGCUGGCUUGAGCAGCUUACUCUCAGUCUACAGUCUGACUCAAAGACAGAUCAGAAAGAUCUACCAGCCUCUCUAGGUUCUCUGUCUUUAGCUGAGAAACCAAUUAUAUCUUUCUUCACAAGAACCAAUCAACGCUUUCAUUUACCAUCGGAUUCCAAAACUCCACUAAUUAUGAUUGGUCCAGGGACUGGCGUUGCUCCAUUCAUAGGCUUUUUGCAGCACCGUCACCAUAUAUCAAAGACUCAGCCUCUUAGUGAAGCCUGGUUGUUCUAUGGCUGUCGGCAUCAGAAAAAGGACUUCCUUUAUCAGGAUGAAAUUGAGAAGUUUCUUGAGCAGGGAUGCCUCUCCAAAUUCUUUGUGUGUUUCUCUCGCGAUGAACAACCUGAAGAAUCACCAAGAUAUAUUCAAGAUAACCUCCAACGUAACAGCAAGGAGCUUGUUGACAUGUUAGACAAGGAUGCCAUCGUUUAUGUGUGUGGUGAUGCAAAGAACAUGGCUAAGGAUGUUUGUGCAGCCUUCACAUCCAUUUUGGCUUCUGAGAAAGGUGUAUCACUUGAAGAGGCUAACAAAAUUCUGAUGAAACUUCGACUAGAUAAACGAUAUCUAGAAGACAUCUGGACAUAAACAUCGUCUGGAGUAGACCAACAUAUGGACUUGAAUUUCAUUUGGCAAACAUCUCAAAAUACACUUUAUCUUGUGAGCAUUUGGAUGUGGACUUCAUCCGAUGGGCAUCCAAAUACAGAUUACAGCUAGCAGAUACCUGAAUAUUAAUUUACACCUGACAAUCAUCUAGUCAGAAUAAAACUGGUGUACAUCCUAGACAUAUACGUAUAUAGUGCACCUGAGCACUCUAUACAAUAAGUUCGUUAUAUUAUAUAGUUCAUCUGGAUGUCAACAUAAUCUAGUGACUGUCUCAAAAAUAAUAAAUCUUUUUCAUCCUGUGAUUACAGCAAAAGAAAAAAAACAUUUAAUUCCUUUUCAAUUAAUUAAUAUCAAACUCCUAUUUUCAAAAAUCAAAUUGAAAACCAGAUUGUAUCAGAUGAUAUCGAAUGGUGUCUGGUGAACUGAUGUGAUAUUUAUAGUAAAUACUGGUGGGAACCUCUACCAAGUCACACAACAGAAAUAUAGGAAGGUAAAUUUCUUUAAAUUGCAUUUGUUAUCCUUUUUAGGACACACUACACACAACAAGACAGUAUAUACUGUAAAGUAAGUGAUCUCAAACACAAAACAAAAUCCUUAAAAACUUGAUUUUUGUUGUUGAGGACAGAUUACCAUUGCUAUUGAUGUGUGCCUGAGGCAUGGUCAUUGCCAAAUGAAAAUUAUCCUCUUCCACCUCCUCCCCGCUCCUUCCAAGGUCCCCUUUUUUGCUUUCAUCCUUCUAGGGGUUGAUAAAAUAAAGUACUGGAGUUGAUGGUAUCAACUUAUUGCCUUCAAACAAAAUUGCUGGCCUUGUGCCUAAAUUAUAAAGCAUUAUUAUUAUUAUUCUUUUUCUUCUCUUCCUCCUCCUCCUCCUCCUUUAUGUUCUGAGUUCAAAUUCU